AUGAGGCGGCCUUUCCGCGACCUCCUGCCCUUAAUAAUACUUUUAAUAAGUCAGGCAGAUGGUUUCAGCACGUUUGUCGAGCUUCGGCAACAAGAUGGGGAGAUCCUCGGAAUCGCAGCUAGCAAUUCGACACUUGCGAUAGCCGCCCGAAGGAAAAUCUUCCUAUAUAGGGAAAAUGGAAAAGAUAUCCCAACCCCUGAUCAACUGCUUGGAACUAUCGACCUAGAUCGAGCAAUUACCGGAAAAGUCCUUGACAUCAAUAUGAUUGAUGCCGACAAAGUGUUGUUUUGUGACUACACAUCUUGCCGAAUCUGCUCACUCGACAGUAAAUGUACAAAACUUGAGUUGAAACAUUCAAAAUAUGAGCUACGCUAUGCUGCUGCAUCCAAGGUUGAUGACAUGAUCUUUGUCAGAGCACUUGAUGAGACAAAUACGGCCUGGAUCUCAUCUUACAAAAUGGAAAAUAAGAACUCAAUCAAACCGCUGGAAACCUCUGAGGAUCCGCAAUUUUUGCAUGAGAGCAGUAUCACCCAUUCGUUCCAAACUGCCGAAUAUGUCUUUUUCGUUGGCAGCAGUGGGAUGGAUUAUGAUAUUUUCAACAAAGAAAAGGACAGAAAAUCGGAGGGCACAAGCCAAAUCAAGCUGACACGAGUUUGCCUGAAGGACCAGACCAACAAUCUCGAAUCUAGGAUGGAAAUUGCGCUAACAUGCGGAAAUUUGCCCGCGCGUUAUGGAAAGGUUGUAAAUUUCGCCUCUUAUUACAACAAAGAAGAAGCUAGCCUGUACGUGGUUGCCAGGGAUACGAAUGAGGAAGAAUUCCAAGUCUGUCGAUUCAAACAUGAGGAGAUUAAGGCUAGGUUCGCUGAUGUUUGGAAUAUUUGUCAAAGUACCCGGAAAAACGAAUCUGAUCUAUGUCGCCGUGACUUUUAUGAUCAAUUACCGGAUCAUUGUCUGAUCCAAUCAAGCCAUGAUGGUAAUUUCGUACCUUGCAGUCGAUUCCAAGGGUCGUCAACAGACUAUCCCGAUCCAUUGGGAAAUUGCGAGCUUGAUCGCUACAAAGAAAGCGCAUAUCGCUACGGGACCCUUUUUGAUUUCAGGGCUUUGAAUGGAGAAGCAAUCGGGAGAAUUUCCACAAAACUUACAAAUGACGUAGCAUGGGUGCGACCAGACCUCGCGGGUUCAUUAAUGUUCGGCGGUGCGAAAGGAUCGAUCUUCCGGGCCCCGAUCACGAACGAUGAGAUAAAGCCGACCUGGUUGAAGAACCUAACAUCAGAUGCCACUCAUGGGAUGGUUUUGAGUAGUCAUGCCCCAUUACUAUACUAUACAACACCGACAAAGGUGCUGUCGUUGCCUCUAACCUGCAGUUCUCUAUAUAGCACCUGUGACGAGUUGCUUUUGGGUAGUUUCGGAGACCCGAUCGGAUGUGGUUGGUGCCCGACUGAUGAUGGUCGUGCUUCCGGCAAAGUCGUUCGAGCCGACGACAAAUUUGGAUGCUCGACAAGAAUUCUGACCGGAAGCUGCCCCCCAGUUAUUUUUACGGUCAUCUACUCGCCCGAGCACAACGAAUGGAAAAUUGAGGGUAAAAAUCUGCUCUCAAUGGAGAAUCCAGAUGUCCGAGUAUGCGGCCAGCCUUGUCGCCCCAAAUAUCCAUUCGUCAAUUCUUCGUUAAUCCGAUGCAGCAUGGUAGAUGGUCAACGUAUUCAGGAGGAGGUCUGCGAUGCGAUUAUGUACGGAACGGUCGGAGGUCUGAGAAUGAAGGCGUUCCAUCCGAAGGUAUUGGAGUCGAGCUCGGGUGCUGAAGACACGACUGACGGAAGUCGUAGCGGAGGAUUAAGCCGUGCCGGUAAAUCUGUGAUCGGUAUUGUGGCCGUUAUCGGAAUUUUGGCGAUUUUGGCUAUAAUUACUUGGUAUGCUAGGAAGACGUAUAAGAACAACAAAGACAAAAAGCGCGGACAUUCGGAUGGGAUGAAUUUGCCGUAUCUACCAUCUGCGCGGAGGUUUGAGAACGACAUUGAAAGACGCCCGCUGAACGAAUAUCAAGCCCAUUCGACGGGUCGUGUGCCGACGUAUGAGAAUCCCUACGUCCGCCUCCAGCGGGAGAUUGAUCCGAAGCUGAAGAUUCCAUUUGAGAACCUUAAACUGCUAGAGAUUGUCGGAUCUGGAAACUACGGCCAAGUCCAGCGAGGCGAACUGACUGUGAUAGAAAACGGAAAGCCAAAUAUAAAGAUCGUAGCUUGUAAGACGGUUGAUCCAGGCUCAAAUCUCGACGAAUUUGUUAGCGAAGGAUUGUUGAUGGCUCGUCUUGACCAUCCUCGAGUAAUGCCGCUGAUCGGGCUCGCGUUUUUGAACGAACUCCCGAUCAUUGUCACCAAAUUCAUGAGCAAGAAAGAUUUGCAUUCUUAUGUGAAGGACUCAAAGAACCAAAUCCUAUUACGUGACAUAUUCCGUUUUGCCAUCCAAAUUUCGGAAGGAAUGGCAUACUUGCAUAGUCGUAAUCUGGUUCAUCGUGAUUUGGCAGCCAGGAAUUGCAUGUUGGAUGAGCAAUUGAACGUUUGCAUCGCCGAUUUCGGACUUUCGAGAGAAAUCAACCAUUCCAACUCUUAUCAGGUGAUCCACUCUCGGACUCUGCCAAUUCGUUCGAUUCCAUUGGAAGGAUGGAGCGGCGUGUUUACAUCGAAAGGUGAUGUCUGGGCAUACGGUGUCACAUUGUGGGAAUUGACGAGCAGAGCGCAAUAUCUGCCCUACUACGGCAUGCAAAUGGAGGAGAUCCGCGAGUUCCUGGAGUCAGGGAGACGAUUGAGCAAACCGCAGCAUUGUUCACCAUUAUUAUGGGACGUGAUACAGGAUUGCUGGUUGUUGGAUCCAGAGCUUCGUCCAACAUUCGCUACCAUUACAACCAAGCUUCACGAUAUUGUCCGACAGUUGGAGGCGUUUAAUCAAACAAAGAUGAACGCGGUUUAUGAAGUGGUUACACCAAGUCGCUAUUCCCAAGCAUCCUCCGCUAGGUCCCGAAAUUCAGAGACAACCCCUGUGUCUGAAAGUGAUGAUUCUCCAACAGCUAGUUUACCCUUUCACAGCGAACCCGAAAAC